AUGGUAAAAUCAAAGAGAAAUGUUGUCGUUAAUAUGACUAAAGUUACAAAGAAUCCAGGUGAAAAGAAAAAGAAGUUAGUCAGCACCAUCAAAGAUAUCGUUGAUCAAUAUAAAUUUAUUUAUUUGUUUACGUUUGAAAAUAUGAGAAAUAAUAAAUUAAAAUCAGUUAGAACAGAAUGGUCAACAAGUAAAUUCCUUUUUGGUAAAAAUAAAGUUUUAUCCGUUGGUUUAGGUAAAAGUGAAGAAGAUGAAUUAAAACCAAAUUUACAUAAACUUACUGAACAUCUUGAAGGUGAAUGUGGUUUAUUCUUUACAAAUGAACCAAAAGAUAAAGUAUUUGAAUAUUUUACAAAUUAUUCAGAAAAAGAUUUCCCAAGAUCAGGUUUUGUUUCAGAAGAAACCAUCACAAUUAAAGAAGGUCCAAUCGUUGGUAUGACUCAUUCAAUGGAAACUUAUUUAAGAGGUUUAGGUUUACCAACAACUUUAAAGAAUGGUGUUAUUUUUGUUGAUAGAGAAUAUACUUUAUGUGAAGCCGGUGUUGCUGUCACACCAGAACAAUCUCAACUUUUAAAACUUUUCAAUCAUGAAAUUUCCGAAUUUAAAUUCCACAUUAAAGGUUUUUGGAAUGAAGAUGAAUUCACUUUAUGUGAAGAAGAAUCUCAAGAAGAAUAA